AAUUGGAGGGGGUCUUGACCCUCCCGAUAGCUGGUUCCGCAAAGUGAGCCCCACAAACGCCGGGUAAAACUUUCUAUUAUGGUUGUGUAAAUUCGUUGUUUAAAUGCCGUCUGGAUUUAUCAGACUAAUAACGAAAUAACGAAUUAAACAAUAAUUAACAAACUCAUCUCAUAAUCUGAGUUUUAUAUUAGCUUAAUUUUUUAAAAUAUUAUCAAAGGGUUUAUCAUUACUAUCCUUUGCUAAAACUUUUCAACUUAUACCACCUUCAGUAUUUGCCCCCAUUAUAGAUUACUAGAAUCCCUUUUUUCCAAAGGAGUAGAGGUGGUGUGUAAGUUGAGUCGCACAUCUUGAAGCAUAUUAUAGUAAUUAUAAAUUUAAUAAUUACCUUUAAAUAUUCAAUUGAUACUAAUUGACUAUUAAUUCUUAUUAAUUAUUAUUUAAUUAUCAUUAAUUAAUCGCAAUGGAGGAAUAUUUACGAGAGAGUCCCUCGGACUAUAGUUCCACCAAUGCAACAACAACCCCUAAUUAUAAUUAUAAUGCAACGAAUUCUACAACCAAUUCAAGUAAUACAAAUUAUACAACUCAAUUUGAUAAUAAUACUAGUGAUAUAAACAAUAUUAAUAUUAAUAAUAAUAAUAAUAAUAAUAUAAAUAAUAAUAUAAAUAAUUUAGAUUUAUCAGCUGGUUUUGAUUUCGAUCUUGAUUAUGGUUCAGGUUCGGGUUUAGGUUCAAAUACUAAUGUUCCUGGUGAUUAUGAUAAUCAAUUAAGUUUUAAUCAAAUACCUAAUACUAAUGAUAUUAGUAAUAUUAAUUAUAAUAAUCAAUCGAAUAAUAUUCCUAUAACAACCAAUCCAAAUUAUACUAAUAAUCUUAAUACUACCUCUUCAAAUAUCAAUUAUAAUAAUCCUUCGAACUUUAAUCAAAAUUCUAAUCAAUAUGGUUAUCCAAGUAAUACUGAAGAUUAUUUAAGUCCGUCAUAUAAUGAUUUAAAUAUAAAUCCAACUAAUGCUUCUAGUUUUGGUGCAACUGUUGGUAGUGGAGCUAAUUCUUUCACAAAUGAACCACUUUUUGAUAGUUUUAAUCCAAACAAUAUUAAUGGAUUAUCACCUGGUUUACCACCUUCUGUCAAUAUUCAAAAUCAAUUACCAUUUUCAAACCAAAAUCAAAAUCAUCAAGGUUUAGAUGAACUAAUAUCUCCACCAACUGGUCAAACAAAUUACUUAGAUUCUCAAUAUUUUUCUCCUCCUUUACGUCCAAUUCCAGAAGAUAAUCAAGGCAUUAUUCCUCAACAAUCAAAUAUAUUAAAUACUUCAUAUUUAUCUCCCCAAGCAAAUCCAAGUUAUCUUCAGAAUGCAGACUCAGGAGAUAUAUUAAGAUCUCCAUCAAAUCAAUCGAAUUAUUUGAAUUCUCCUCCUCAAAUUCCUCUUAGUUCAAUACCUUAUAUACCUCAAGCUGAAUUAAGUUCGAGUAUACCAAUGAAUUCUCAACGUUAUUUCCAAAACGCUGAUAAUCGUGAUACAUUAUCACCUCCUCCAUCAUCUUCAAACUUGAGUUCUUCUGUACCUUCAUCUUCAAAGGCUUUACUCGACAUGACACCAACCAAACAAUUAACUAAAGAUGAAAAGAUACAAAGAAGAAAAAUCUUCCAUAAUGAAGUUGAAAGAAGAAGAAGAGAAUUAAUUAAAGCGAAUAUUGAUAAUUUAAGGUUAAGAGUUCCUCAAACACUUUUAAAUCCUCAAUUAUCAGCUGUACAAGAAUUACAAAAGAAUAGUUCAUUAAAUUCUCAAGAAAUUAAUGAUUUAUUAAGUACUAUAAAAGUGAAAGAAUCUAAACCUAACAAAGUUACUGUAUUAAGCAAAUCAGUUGAAUAUGUUAGACAUUUACAAUAUGUGUUGGAAGAACAACAAAAGGAAAGAGAACUAAUUAAUUCUCGAAUUGCUCAUGUUGAAAAGAUCUUGAAUGGUACUUAUACAACUGACCUUGGUGAACCAACAGAUAAUCUAUUGGAUCUUGAAAAGUUAAACCCUAAUCAAAAUAAUCCUACGAUUGCUGCUUCAUCGGGUGGUUUCAACCCAAAUUUAACUGCAACUGAUCAUGGUUUCUCAUCUUCAAAAAUUUUCAAUUCUGAAGAUUUCUUUAGCGAUAUUACUAACUAAUGACAUACAAAUAAUUUCGUUCAUAUAACAAUAAUUAUAAUUAUAUUUGACUUGGUGAAAUUGAUAGAUGUGGUACUUAGUAUAAUUGUUGUUUCCUGUUCUCUUUGUCUUUGUUACACUUUUCUUCAUUCCU